CUAGAGUGUCUCAUUUUCUUGCGGCCUGCAGGCGCGGCCGUAGGACAGUGGAGGAGAAAGGAGAUCCGGAAGACCCAGGUGAGACAGUGGACGAAUCCGAUUCGGUCUUCCUUUGCCUGGCUAAGUUGCAGGGACAGCACGGUGUCCCGGUCUCCAGUCCAAGAGGAGCCGCUGGUUGGGACCCGGGGCGCGCGCUGACCGUCCGCCCGCUGCCAUGGCCGACCACCUGAUGCUCACCGAGGGCUACUGCCUGCUGCAGGUGCCGCCGCACGCCCACGGCCCGCACGCUCCGCGGACUCUCCAGCCAUACGCAAGCCCCGGCCUGGACAGCGGUCUGCGGCCGCGGGGAGCUCCGCUGGGACCAUCGCCACCACCCGGGACCCUGGCAUACGGCUCCUUCGGAUCGCCGGCCUCCUUCCAGCCCUUCCCCGUCACGCAGCCACCGGGUGCCGGUAGCGCGCACCUGCAGCCCCCCUCCACGCCAUCCCCGGGCCGCAUUCCCGCGACCCCGGGAACCGCCGGAGGCCCCUCACCUCUACAGCCCGCGCCCGGAGCCGCGUCCCCCCUGCCGCCGCCGCCCUCCCUGGGCUGCAUGGACGCAGAGCUCAUAGACGAGGAGGCGCUGAAGUCGCUGGAGCUCGAGCUCGGGCUGCACCGUGUGCGCGAGCUGCCCGAGCUCUUCCUGGGCCAGAGCGAGUUCGACUGCUUCUCGGACCUGGGGUCGGCGACACCCGCCGGCUCGGUGAGCUGCUGAGCGCGACCGCCCAGAGACGAGGGACUCUGCGAGCGGUGGCCCGGCCCACACGCACCCUCCGUGAGGGUGGAGGCGCCGUGUUUACUCGCCCAGACGGCUCCGACUGGGGACGCCUGCCUUGCCUCCAGGCCCUACCUCCUGCCAGAUGACAAUUGGGUCUUGCUUCUCUCACCCAAGCCUCAGAAGACAAAAGGAGGGGACUGAACCAGCCUUUGGAUUCCACGUUCUUGAAGUCUGUGCCCACUUUCCCCGCCCCUCCCCCCAAUCUGAGCCAUUGCAGGCCUCUGCCUGACCUUCUCGUGCUGCCCACUAACCGGAUUGGGUCUCCGGAGCCAUCUCUCUGAACCCCCACCUUCCCUGGGCCUUUGGCCCAGGUGAGGGGAGGUUUUAUACCUGACCCCUGCAGAGUGGGCCAGUAGCCUCUAAAACCAAAAUAAAACUGGGUUGCUUUACA